AUGAACGCAACAGGUAUUUUCGCGUUCUUUUUCACUUGUGUAGUAACCUACUCCUUGGCUUUUCCUGGUAUUCACCCCGACGACGAAGUUAAGUUCAGAAUUGUUGGUGGCGUCGACGGUAACAUAGAAGAGUAUCCUUACUCAGUGUCUAUAAGAGAUGAAAAUAAUGGACAUACUUGUGGUGGUACGCUCAUUAAUUCUGAGUACGUCAUUACUGCUGCGCACUGUGUAGCAAGUGGAAAGGAAAGAUCCGUGGUUAUUGGCAGCGCGUACCUAAACAAUGGGGGGACCAGUACCAAACCAGUCUCCACACAUGUGCACCCAGACUUCGACAGGUUGUGGCUCAGAAAUGACAUAGCUGUACUGCAAAUAGAGAAACAAACGAGUUAUGAAUCUUCAUUUCCUGCUAGAAUGCAAACCAAUUUCUCGGAUUACGAAAAUCCGUGCUACGUAAUGGGCUGGGGUGCUACUACAGCAACAGGAUACCCAUCGAAAAUAUUUAAAGUAGCGGCGGUGCAACCUGUAACUCCGAAAAAAUGCCAUGAAGCAUGGAAAGGAAUAUAUUAUCCACGUCUAAUCUGCACCACUAGUGAAGGAAAUGCAACGUGUGUAGGAGAUUCAGGAGGACCUUUAAUUUGUGAAAAUAAGUUAGCAGGAGUCGUGUGUUUUGGCGAACCUUGCGGUACAGGGAAGCCUGAUACUUUCACAGCCAUCAGUUACUACAACGAUUGGAUUGAUUCAAUAAUAAAUUAG